AUGCAUCUUCUCCGUCCUUUUGUUCUCUCUGUGCUCCUUUUCGUCAUCCUGCACGCACCCCCGCCCUCCGCCGCCACAGACACGCUCCGACCCGGCCAUGCGCUUGCCGGCAGAGACAAGCUUGUCUCGGCCAAUGGCAAGUUCGCGCUCGGCUUCUUCCAACUCCAAACAGGGAGCUCGUCCUCUAAUAUCUCCUACCUCGGCAUAUGGCUCGACAAAGUCCCCGUGCUGACCCCUGUGUGGACAGCCAACAGGGACAAUCCGGUCUCCAAUUCCACUUCGCCGGAGCUCAUCAUUUCCGGCGACGGCAACAUGGUUGUCUCAGCUCAGGGCAACACCAUCUGGUCUACCCGGGCAAACACAACAACCAAUGACACUGUCGCUGUGCUCUUGGGCAAUGGCAACCUUGUUCUAAGGAGCUCCUCCAACUCUUCGCUCACAUUCUGGGAAAGCUUCGACUACCCAACAGACACCCAGCUACCUGGUGUAAAGAUUGGAUGGAACAAGGUCACAGGCUUGAACCGUCGACUUGUUUCGAGGAAGAAUUCCAUCGAUCUAUCUUCUGGUAUGUACUCCUCGAGGCUGGAUCACGAUGGGGUUGCCAGGAUGCUAUGGAACUCAUCUGCUGUGUAUUGGUCUAGCACGUGGAAUGGUAGAUUCUUCGGUUCGGUACCGGAGAUGUCUGCAGGUUCCCCAAACGCCAAUUUUACGUUCGUCAACAACGACCAAGAGCUUUACUUCACCUACAACAUAUUUGAUGAGAGCAUAAUCACACUCACUACGCUGGAUGUCUCUGGUCAAAACCAAGUGCGUGUUUGGACCGGGCAGGAUUGGAUGGCAGUGGACAAUCAACCAGCACAUCAGUGUGAUGUGUAUGCUGUCUGUGGCCCUUUCACUGUCUGCACUUCUAGUGCAGAUCCUUAUUGCAGUUGCAUGAAGGGAUUCUCUGUGAGAUCACCUGCGGAUUGGGAGAUUGAGGACAGAACAGGCGGGUGCAUCAGAAACACCCCACUGAACUGCGGCGCUGACGAUGGAAACAAAACAGGUAUGGCAGACAAAUUCUACUCUAUGCCAGGCAUUAGGUUGCCCCAGAAUGGCAAAAUCAUGCCAAAUGCAUCAAGCACGAAAGAAUGUGCACAAGUUUGUUUGAGUAAUUGCUCUUGCACUGCAUAUUCUUAUGGUAAAGAUGGUUGCUCUAUCUGGCAUGAUGAGUUACUUAAUGUAGCUACUGACGGUAAUGAAGAAAUGAUUUACCUUCGCCUUGCUGCAAAAGAGUUAGAGAGUGGGAAAGGCAAUAGGAGUGCCAUGAUAAUUGGUGUUGCCGUUGGCACAAGCAUUGCCGUUUUGGUUUUUAUUCUCCUCAUGGUGAUUUGGAGGAGAAAUGGGAAGUGGUCUAGACCCAUAGUAGACAAUGAUCAAGGUAGCGUUGGCAUAAUUGCGUUCAAAUAUGUUGACUUGCAAGACGCAACCAAAAAAUUCUCAGAGAAGCUAGGCGCAGGUGGUUUUGGUUCUGUAUUUAAGGGGUGCCUGAGUGACUCGAUUGCCAUAGCAGUGAAAAGGCUCGAUGGCGCCCGACAAGGAGAGAAACAAUUCAGGGCAGAAGUAAAUUCAAUUGGAGUCAUCCAGCAUGUAAACUUAGUGAAAUUGAUCGGGUUUUGCUGCGAAGGUGAUAGGAGGUUACUCGUGUACGAGCACAUGCCAAACGGCUCCCUGGAUUCUCACCUGUUCCAAAGUUAUGGUACAAUUUUAGAUUGGAACAUGAGAUACCAAAUAGCUCUUGGAGUUGCUAGAGGUCUAGGAUACUUGCACCAUGGCUGCCGAGACUGCAUCAUACACUGUGAUAUCAAACCACAGAAUAUACUUCUGGAUGCAUCUUUUGUUCCAAAAAUUGCAGAUUUUGGGAUGGCCAAGUUACUUGGGAGGGAGUUCAGCCGUGUUGUGACUACAAUGCGAGGAACCGUCGGAUAUCUUGCUCCAGAAUGGAUCAGUGGAACGCCUAUUACUCCCAAAAUCGAUGUUUAUAGCUACGGGAUGGUCUUGCUAGAGAUCGUAUCGGGAAAGAGGAACUGUAUUGAACAUUCGUCCGGUCAUACUGAAGGCCAAGGAGACUAUUUACCUGUGCAAGUUGCACACAAGCUUCUCCAUGGAGACAUUCUGAGCAUUGUCGAUGCAAACCUUGCAUGGCGUCGUGAACAUAGAGGAAGCUGA